GUUUACUGAGCAUUUAAGUUGCAUCCUGCACUGUUUUCUGCAUCUGACGAGAACAAUCAGGACAGUCAACAUGACAACUCAACCAGUCACAAACAUGGCCCUUGCUGUGUCACUUGAAGAGCAGUUUAGGUGCUGCAUCUGUCUGGAGAGAUACACCUACCCCACCACCAUCCCAUGUGGCCACAACUUUUGCCUAGACUGCAUUGAAGGAUACUGGGAUACAAAAGCCAAGCCUGACUGUCCGCUAUGCAAAGAGACUUUCGACAAGCGUCCUCAACUUAGAAUCAACCGAUCAAUGAUUGAUAUCAUCGAUUUCUGUGAAGGGUCUCCAGAGAAUGGCGACAGCAAUGCAAGGAAAGCAGGAAGCCGGAAAAAUUCCCUGAACCAACUUUUUGAGGCUGAGGAAGUUCCAUGUGACAUCUGCCAUGGAGACAAGUCGCCAUCGGUCAAGUCGUGCGUCCUGUGUCAGGCGUCUUACUGUGAACUUCACCUGACACCACACCUAAGGAAUCAAGAGCUGCUGAGACAUCGACUGAUCGAUCCGGCCACCUUUGCCACUAUUCACCUCUGCAGAACCCACAAGAAGCCGCUGACGAUGUUUUGCGAGAAAGACCAGAAACUUGUGUGCGUAAUGUGCACAGAGAGGAACCACAAAAACCACCAGACGAUCCCCGUUGAGAGGAAGAGCAAGAGGGUGAAGGUUUGUUUGAGGGAGACAAAGGCCAGCAUUCAACAGAUGAUUCAGGCCAGAUGGGGAAAAAUGCAGGAGAUAAAAGAUAAAGUGGAUCAAAGUAAAGAUAUCACGAAGAGGGAGAUACAGAAAAACGCUAAAAUCUGCGACGUGUUGAUAACAGCUAUCAAGAGACACCAGGCCGAGCUGGUGGAGGAGCUGGAGGAAAGGCAGCGCGAAGCUGAGCAGAGAUCCAAAGAGCUGUUGGAAGAGAUGCAACGGGAACUCGAAGAGCUGCAGACGCGGAGCAGCGUGCUGCAGCACCUGGGGCACGCUCAGAACCCCGUCCACCUUGUGCAGAGUUUCCGGUCUCUGAGUCGACUCCCAUCCACCAGGGAGUGGUCUGAGGUCGCAGUCCACUCAGACAACUGCAUGGGGACGGGGACAAAAGCCAUCUCCAAACUUGUGGACGUCUGCCAUUAUGUUGUGAACAAACUGUCUGCAGAAGAAGUGGACAAGAUGGAUCAAUACGCAGUUGAUGUCACUCUGGAUCCUGACACUGCUUCAGGCUGGCUGGUUCUGUCUCCGGACAGGAAGAAGGUGAGCGUCAGCAGCCAGAAGAGCGGCAAACUCCCAGACAAUCCUCACCGCUUCAACUCUUGCGUCUGCGUUUUGGGAAAACAAAGCUUCAAAUCUGGAAGAUGCUAUUGGGUUGUUCAGGUUGGAGAUAAAACAGACUGGGAUCUCGGUGUAGCCAAGGAGUCCAUCAACAGGAAGGGGUCCAUCACAGUGCGUCCCGACAGUGGUUACUGGGCAAUCUGUCGGCGCAAGGGCGGCAGCCUCAAUGCCUGCGCCGGCCCCUCCGUCACCCUCCAGCUCCAAGAGCCCCCACAGAAAAUUGGCAUCUUCCUGGAUUAUGAGGAAGGAAAGGUGUCUUUCUAUGACGCAGAAGCAAAGACUCACAUUUACACUUACAGCGGCUGUGACUUCCCCGAGCCUCUGUACCCGUAUUUUAACCCCUGCGUUCAAGAUGAUGGGAAGAACAGCGCCCCGCUGAUCAUCUGUCCCAUUGAAGGAGAUGUCAGGGAGGGAAAACACAAAACCCCUGAGUCAGCUUUAUGAUGUAUCAUAAGAAAGAAGGACGCUAACUGUUGUUAAUAACAG